AUGUCCAUAUCAAACAACCUCAUCAACCGCUCCUCCUUCUCAGCAGCCGACAUCGUCAAAGACAUCUGGACCAGCCUCCAUCUCCCCCCUCACGCCCUCUCAUCUCUCAGCCUCCCAGGCCACCAAGCCGCUCCAGCGAUCCCCUCAUCUUUCAAGAUCGGUCACCUCGCACAGAGCUCCAUCGCCCUCUCAGCCCUGUCAGCAUCUCUCUUGCACAGCACACGAUCUUCACCUCCCUCAUCUAUACCUCGUGUGAGCGUUCCUCUGGAACACGCUCUGGUGGAAUUCAAAUCAGAGCGUCUCUACGACAUCGAUAAACAGCCCCUUGAAGAUCCCUGGGGAUCCAUCGGCGGCCUGCACAAAACAGCAGACGACUACGUUCGCAUCCACGACAACUUCCCCUGCCAUGCGCUCGGCACCCUUGAACUCCUUGGUCUACCACCGGAUGCCUCCCGUCAAGAUGUCGCCGCCAAAGUAGCCCAAUGGAAGAGCGUCGAUCUCGAAACCGCCGGCACGGAAAAGGGCAAGCUCGCCAUCUACGCGCUACGCUCAUACAGCGAAUGGGACGCCCAUCCUCAGUCCACAGCCAUAGACAACAACCCCAUUCUCGUCAAGCAGCUCGCCCAGGGACCGCCAAAGAGCCUGUCCGCAUCCAAAAGCAACAGCCGCUGCCUCCAGGGCGUCAGAGUCCUCGAAAUGAGCCGCGUCAUUGCCGCCCCCGUGGCCGGCAAGACACUCGCCGCUCACGGUGCCGAUGUUUUAUGGGUAACAUCACCGAAUCUGCCAAACCAGCCAGUACUCGAUAGGGACCUCAGCCGCGGCAAACGUACCGUCCGGCUUGACAUACACAAUCCAGAUGAAAAAGAGCGCCUUUUGGAGCUGCUGCGCACCUGCGACGUCUUCAUCCAGGGGUAUCGCCCGGGCAGCCUUGCCUCCUACGGCUUUUCUCCAGAGGAACUCCAAAAGAUCAAUCCGAACAUCAUCUGUGCCAAUCUUUCUGCCUUUGGGCCCUCCGGUCCGUGGUCUCAGCGUCGGGGGUUCGAUUCUCUAGUCCAGACAUGCUCUGGGAUGAACGUCUCUGAAGCCGAGCACUUUGGCGCGGGCGAAGCAGCUCGUGCCAUGCCAUGCCAGGCUCUCGAUCAUGCGGGCGGCUACCUCCUCGCCACCGGCGUCAUGGCCGCGCUAUACAACCGGUCUCAAGUCGGGGGUUCUUGGAUUGUAGACGUUUCGCUGGCGGGUGUGAUGAAGUAUCUACGCAGUCUAGGACAGUAUCCAGGUAAGACGGGCUUUGAGAGCCAGGAUUUUGUGAAGCAGGCAGAUGUGCCGGCAGAAUACUUUGAGACGAGGGAUACUGCAUUUGGGAAGAUGACUGCAGUAAGGCAUAGUGCUAGUGUUGAGGGGUGCGAGGUUGGGUGGGAAGAGAUGCCGAAGCCUUUGGGAUCAGACGAAGCAAAGUGGUUAUAA